AGCUACCCAGAGGAGGGAAAAAAAGCGAAAAAAAAGUAGAGCAGACAAAUUAAACCAAGGGACGAUUCGCAUCCCACUCAACCUCUCUCUCCAUUUCUCAGUGCGUCCAGCGUCUACACAACUAUGCUGCCGAGGAGAGGACUUUCGGCAUCGGCCCCGGCCUCUGCACUGCGAAAUGUCUGGCCCGGCCGGACGCAGGCCCCUCGACCUCUUCUAGUCGCUCGCCGGUUCUCUUCUCAGGCGCGGCACCCGCCGUCGACACCGAGCCGAGUCGCCAUCCCCCCGUAUACGCCUGUACGUGGCGCCCAGCUGCGCCGCCCGACCGUCUUCGGUUCCUCCAGCCCUAUCGUUGUGUCUGCCUCAGGGAUCUUAGCUCUGCGCGCCGGCUCUUCGCGAGACCUGUCGCUCUGGCCCUUCUCGUCGAAAAAGCAGCCGCCUGCCGAGCCGCAGUCUGAUUCCCCUCCUUACUCCUCGGCUUCAUCCUCCUCCGUCCCCGAGGGCGAAUCAUUGACCGAUCCCGCUGGCCCCGCCGAAGUAUGGCAAGACUCGUUCGCAAACACUUCUUCGACGACGACCGCGGGCCUAGAAUCAGCGGCUCCAGCGCCGCCGGCGGUGCCGCCGCCGAAUCCUACGAGUGCCGUCGAUCUCAGCACAACAGCGUAUUCAAAGUCGUUCACCGAUCUCGAUUUGAGAUCUAUCCUCGACAUACCCGAGCAGAUCGGCUAUCUCAAGACUCUCGGACUAGAAUGGGGAUAUGGCCCGACCUCGAGCUGUGAAUGGCUCGUCGAACACCUAUACAUCUACUCCGGCAUGCCCUGGUGGGCAACCAUUGCGACAUUGUGCAUCGCGUGGCGCGCCGCCUUCUUCGUGCCUACGCUAGCCGGCAGCAGGCACCAGGCGCUACUCCAACAGCUCUACAAGAGUCCCGAGUUCAUGAACCUGAAAAGGGAGUACGACCAUGUCGCAGUCCGCACACGCGACCCCGUCCUCGUGAUGCAGGUGCAGGACAAGAUGACGAGAUUAAAGAACCGAUCUGGCGCUAGGGUGUCGAUGACCUUAAUCGGGCUCCUCACUAUUCCAUUCAGUAUCGGCAUGUUUCGACUCCUCCGGGCCAUGGCCGCUGUGCCCGUGCCCAGUCUCGAGACGGGGGGCUUGGCUUGGUUCACCGACCUGACUGUUCAUGACCCGUAUUACAUUCUACCCGUAUCCUCCAUCGCCCUCACUUCCCUCAUGUUCAAGUAUACGCGAGCCGCCAACCCGCCAUUGACCUCGAGCGCUGACAACGUGUCCAAGUUGAUGAUGUACGGACUCCCUCCUGUGGUUUUCAUGGGCACCGCCUGGUUACCAGCCGGUGUGCAAUGGUUUUUUUUCCUUCUCUCUGCCGGUUCCGUCGCGCAGACCUGGGCUACUCUCAACCCAGCCAUUCGUCGUUGGGCCGGCAUCCCUCCUCUUCCUCUCCGGCCUACGGAGUCCAUCAUCAGCUCCGCCAGUUUCUCCGGGCCCGAGUGGCAGGCGCCGACCUCGCGCACCGAACCAAAGAAGAGCAGCCUCGCAAGCAGAAUUGGCGAUAUGACGAAUGACGUCUUGGGAAAUACCCGAGAGAAGGAGGAAUGGCAGAAGGCCCAGGACUAUGAAAAGCGCAGGGCUGCAGAGGAAAAGGAGAAAGCUUUCAGGAGGCUGGAGGAACGUCGACGAAGGCGCGACGAGAAGAAGGCGCAAUGAAGAGAGAGAGAGAGAGAGAAAAGCCUUUCUCCAGCAUCGUCAUGCCGCUUGUCGGGAACACUUAUCAGAGGCCGCGUUCCCUUCUUGACCACCAUUCGUCUACUGGAAUUUCUGGCGCGUAUAUCCGGGAGGUCAAGUUCGGCGACAUACGUCGGCUCUAAGCUGCGAUUCACCAAGCUCGGAGCGGGAUAUUGCACGAUGGUGGUAGCUGGGGUUGUACCAUAGGCGUAUCUUCGUUGUCCGGGACGGGGGGAGGACCCAUCGGCGAGGACGAGGCAUCCCGAUACUUGUAAUUACAUGUGUAUAUAUAUAUAUCACGGACCCCGGACAGCAAUUUCAAAGUCGGAUCCUGGUUGAGCGAUGGAAAGAGCUGAUGAACCGUCGUUCUCAAAGCCAACCGUGGCCGCUACUAUGGGAGAAAUACGCAGACAAAGGUGGUACUACUUAUAGCUUCGCACGCGAAGCCAUCGACAGCCGAU